AGAGAGGAGCGAGUGAGCAGGGCUUUACCACUAUAUUAUGUGGGAUCUGGCUGUGGGGGGUGGGGGGGAAGCAGGGAGAUCCCAAACCGGCGGCCGAGGGGGGUGGGGGUGUGAGAGCCGCGGCCGCUGCGAGCGCUGCAGAUAGGAGACAAAAGAGGCACGAAGUUACUCUCGCAACUUGGACUUACAAAAAGGAGGCGGCGGCCGGGGGGAAAAGCCGCCCGCGCUCGGGCUCUCGAGACUUCUUUUCGUCGCUCUUCGCAUUUUUUCCCCGGCUCCCGCUACCGCCCCGGGGCCGGGCGCCGCCGAUGGCCGCGGCCCCCCGCGCCCGGCCGUGACGCCCAAGCGGGCCCCGCCGGGCGCCGCCGCCCCGGGGCCGGCCCCGCAUGCCGGGCGCUGCCCGCCGCCCCGCGCCGCUCCCCUCUAUGCGGCCGUAGGGCGCGCGGCGCGGCAGGGCUCACCAUGUCGAUGCUCCCGACUUUUGGCUUCACCCAAGAGCAAGUGGCCUGCGUCUGCGAGGUGCUCCAGCAAGGCGGCAACAUCGAGCGGCUGGGGCGGUUCCUCUGGUCCCUCCCUGCCUGCGAGCACCUCCACAAGAACGAGAGCGUCCUGAAGGCCAAGGCGGUGGUGGCCUUCCACCGGGGCAACUUCCGCGAGCUCUACAAGAUCCUGGAGAGCCACCAGUUCUCGGCGCACAACCACCCCAAGCUGCAGCAGCUCUGGCUGAAGGCGCACUACAUCGAGGCGGAGAAGCUGCGGGGGCGACCCCUAGGGGCGGUGGGCAAGUACCGGGUGCGCCGCAAGUUCCCGCUGCCCCGCUCCAUCUGGGACGGCGAGGAGACCAGCUACUGCUUCAAGGAGAAGAGUCGCAGCGUCCUGCGAGAGUGGUACGCCCACAACCCCUACCCGUCCCCCCGCGAGAAGCGGGAGCUGGCCGAGGCCACCGGCCUCACCACCACCCAGGUCAGCAACUGGUUCAAGAACCGCCGGCAGCGGGACCGCGCCGCCGAGGCCAAGGAAAGGGAAAACAACGAGAAUUCCAACUCCAACAGCCACAACCCGCUCUCGGCGUCAAUGAACGGGAAUAAGACAGUUUUGGGGAGCUCAGAGGACGAGAAGACGCCGUCAGGGACCCCGGAUCACACCUCCUCCAGCCCCGCGCUGCUGCUCAGCUCCAACCCCGGGCUGCAGCCCCUGCACGGCCUGGGCCAUCCCCAGGGCCCCAGCGCCAUCCCCGUGCCCAGCGCCGACCCCAUGCACCACCACAGCUUGCAGGACUCCAUUCUCAACCCCAUGUCAUCUAACUUGGUCGAUCUGGGCUCUUAAAACCGCGCACACGCUCACUCCUUCGCGCCAGCCCUCUUUUCCUCAAUUUUUCUUUUUUUCUUUUUUUUUUUUUUUUUUCCCUAAUCUUACCAGGGACUUUGAAUGCAAUGAAAAACACCUUAGUGGAAGUGUUGUGCCCUUUGGCAGCAGGCUGGCUGCAGGUUUGCAAGGUAGUGGACUCCGCUGUGGGUAGCUGGCAUUGUGAAAAGCCUUAAGGGUUGCUUACAGGAGUUUUCAGGCGUGUAAAGACUGUUGGACAGGAGCCGUGAUUUUCACGGCAGGCUGUAAGGCUGAUCGGUGUAGCAGCUCAUUCCAGCCUUAACUUCACGAAUCUCUCAGUGUUGUCACUCGAUCGGGCCGGUCUGUGUGGGAAGAGGCACAUCGUAAUAUUUUUAUUUUUUGGGGGGGUGGGGAAGAAAGGGGAACGCAAGGCUGCUCUUGCCAUGCCUGUUUGAAAGUUACACAUCGCUCCCGUUAUUCUAUUGUAGUUAUGUAUCCGUGGCAGGUGUACGAUGUACAAUUUCAACUAAGAAUACAAAAGUCGUAGUCAAGAUAUAGCAGCAACACGCGCUCUAGGCAGACUCUGUAACCUUCUUGUAGCUGAUGCUAUGCAGAGAGACAGCUUCUUUGGCCUUGUCCAUGUGGUGCUUUCGCCAUUUGCUGGGUGGGAAAGGAAAUGACCGCCCGGCUCCGGCCCGAUGGAAGGCAGAGGUGGAUUUUCCCCUCGGUGUGCAACUCGGGCUGGAGCGGGCAUUGAAAAGAAAACAGGAAUUGCUGCUCAACCUUAGACCUUAACGACAGUAUCAACCGCAAGUCACUCACCUUAGUUUUGUUUAUUGUUUAUAUUAUGUGAAUACAUUCUUUGGAAAAUAUUUCUGCUUUUAUUUUAUAAUAAAAUUUAGAAAUCUA